AUGUCGACUCCAUCACAAGUGCGCUGCAUAACAUGCGAAGACGCUGAAAUCAAUCAGUAUGAACGGAGAGUGUCUGCCAGUUCAGACGAAGCCGAACAACUUCGAACCGAGAUAGCUGCGUUAUUCAAGAGCCUUAAACAUCUCGAUAUCGAGGAUGCGCGAACAUCCCUACGUCUUGCUGACCUGAGGUCUCUCAAUUCUGAACUCAUUGCUUCACUGAUCGAAAAGACAAACGAAAUCAGAAGUCUCGAAAACGAGAUCCAGAAAUUGCAAACUCCCCGUUCAUGA